AUGAGUGCAAUCUGUCGCAUACUGGCAACAUACAACGCGACCAGACCCUCAACUCCAAAGAUGGACGCGACCAGAAAGAUCACCACAGCUCGGCUCUGUCGACUUCGAGAUCCAGUAUUCCUUAUGUUUCCUAAACUGCCAGCCGAGCUUCGCUACAUGAUCUUCGAAAUCGCGGCAAAUAGCGUAGCAUUCGCCCGUCUGAUGAUUUAUGUUGAAGUCGAAGUCAGAUACCGGAAGUCAAAGCAGCGUUGUCACCUCAUCUUCAAGGUUCUAAACUCCUGGGACAAGAAAUUAGAUAACGCUGUUUGUAAUCUCGCCCUUUCUAAGGCUAGUCACGAGGCUCGCGUUCGUGACAAUUCGACAUCUCUUCUUCGGCUCUCGAGUUUAGAUGUCCUUUAUACCUCGAACUUGAGCGAUUUCAUCAGCAAAAUUUACAACAGUCGCAGUUACCCCGACUACCCAUUCUUGCAGGCUUCCGUUCGGGCAUACUUCGACAAUCUCCAGCACCUCGCAAUCCCCUACGAUUAUCUCUGUCCAAGCGAUCCAAGAACCAAAAAUCCAGCUUGGAGCAACAUCAAGUCAUCUUUUGCUUGCUUCCCAAAUCUCAAGCAAUUGGACUUGAUCAAUGAAGCAGGUCACAGCAUCCAUAGUCAGAUUGGCAAGAAGUACAGGGUUCUGGAGUGGAUGGAAGGUUAUCGGGGAAAAUAUGCUACAGAUUAUCGGAAACAGAGGCUUGGUGAUAGUUGCAGUCAUGGGGAGAUUGACGAAGAGCUUGCAUCUGAGGACUGGGCUGCUUUCACUGCAAAGACGUAUCCGGAGAGGAGGGUUCAGAUUCGGAAUUGGAGAGGCAAGAUCAGACUUCCACCUGCUCUACCGGGUGAGGUUAUGACUGACGAGGGAAUAGUUUCUAGAUGA